AUGUUUACGUUCACAGUUUCAUCGUUGGCCUUCCAGGACGACAAGUCUUGCCAGCGUCACGUAUGUGGUCGUGGAUGGGCUCCAAAGCCAGAUCACCACAAAAGGCAUGGAAAUACGGACUCAGCGUGCUGCGACAAAACGUGCGCUUUGUGGACGUGCACAGAUGGCUAUGCGCAAAAUGCAGCAUAUGCAAGGAAUGUCUACCAGAGCAACGACAUGUGCUGUGACGAGACCUGUGUGCACGUCGGUUGCGACAAGGGAUACAAGAACAGGGGGUCCUCGGUGCAUGCCACGUCGCCAGAUGCGUGCUGUGAGGUGACCUGCGAGCUGUUCAGCUGUCCUGGUAACUGGAGCCAAAAGCCAGGACCUGUCAGGGUUGGCAACGACUUGGAGACGUGUUGCGCACCUCAUUGCGUUCUGUUCGACUGUGAAGCACUUGGCUGGGAAGCUGACCCGGUAGCUUCUGGUCGCAUCGGCCGCAGCAAGACGGAGUGCUGCAAGAAGACAUGCUCAUCGUGGUCGUGCCCGGCUGGAUACGCAGUUCCUGAGAGCCUGCGACACCUGGAUUCUCCCAGCGAUUCAACAUGCUGUCGUCAGACGUAUUGCUCCGCAUUCAAAUGUGAUGCGGGUUGGAAUCGCAAUGAAUCUGCCAAAGAUCAAGUCGGCCAUUCGAACGAAGAGUGCUGCAUCGCUACUUGUUCUGUUUACACAUGUGAUGCCUCUGCUGGCUGGGCAAAUUCGCCCGCGAAGAAAAGUGUCGUUGGGGAUGGCCCCUUACUUUGCUGUGAACCCGCUUGCAGUAAUCACACCUGCAGCCAGAAGUGGGUGCCGAACAAGCUUGUUUGGGACAAGCCUGGCCAAACGGAUGAUGUUUGCUGUAUGAAGUCUUGCGAGCUGCAUGAUUGCGAUGCAUCCCUUGGGUGGAAGACAAAUGGCCACGCAGCGGCAAAGCCUGCAGACAGCGAUGCGACCUGCUGCUUGCCAACUUGCAAAAGAUACUCUUGCAGUUAUGGAUGGCUCGCGGACCCGAAGGCUUCUGACAAGGAGGGCACCAGCGAUGCCGAGUGUUGUUUGAAGACCUGUCGGGCGUACUCCUGCGAUGCUUCGAAGGGAUGGCUGCAGGAUCCAGCGUCGCUGAACAAGGUGGGUGAGGAUGUGUCGACUUGCUGUACGCCGUCGUGCAGUCUACACAAAUGCAGCUCAGGCUGGGUGGCGAACACGGCCAAGACAAACACUGCUGGCGACACUGACGAAGACUGCUGCUUGAAGUCAUGCGCCUUGCACUCGUGCGGCGGUAACGAUCCGAUCUUGGUCAAGAAGCAGGGCAUUGACGAUGCCGCCGGCGACACGGACAAAGCUUGCUGCGAGCCUGCGGACUGCCAGGAAUGGCCACGCAAACUCGUGCAAGCAGAAAAGGGAUGUGAAAAGGUUCCUAUCACCCAGGAAUGUAACGGAAUGUACGAGAAGUCCACGCCGGCAGAUGAUGGAUCCACGACUCUUUCUCGCUGUGGCUAUCAAUACGUCGGAGUUUCGCGCAAGCUGGAGAACGGAGUGGAAAAGUUCAAGGGCAGUGUAUGCACCUUCUUGCUAAAGGGCUCUCAGACGGAAGCAGUGUCGGUAACUCUUGACGUCGAUCGCUGCAUCACUCUUGGAAGAGUUGCUGCCAUCGAGACUGCCUUUGGCUCGAGCAAUGCACAGAGUUCACCACCAGUUGUCCAUCCUAUCGAGCGCUUGAGCUUGCAUCGAACGCUGCACGUCGAGGUGUGGUUGCUGUCGGUCCUUGCCGUCAUGGGACAAGGCCUGCCGAAGGCAGUGACCUCCAUAGCAUUGGAAAGCGAUGCUGGGCCUCUCUUCGAGGUGGGUGUCGCUGAGAUGAACGGCUGGAGGCCCACAAUGGAGGACACUUGCGGUCUGAUCAGCAGACCUGAUGCGAUCUUUGUGAUGGUGCUCGCCACCAGGCAUCACCAGGCUUCAACCUUUGCCAAUGAUGCGCAGAUGUCCACCACGCGCAAUGCUGCGCAAUGGCCGCUGUGCAGGCAAAGCACCGAGGAGAGCAGGUACUCGUGGAAGACACCGAUUGUGUGGUACGAGGGUUUCUUUGGCGUUUUCGAUGGACACGGUGGCCAGCAGUGCUCCUCCUUCGUGGCGAAAGUGCACAGCGCAAUGGAAAGAGAGUCUGUUCUUGUGACCGGGGCUUCUGGACGACUGGGAAGCCAGAUUGUUACACGCCUCGUGGAAGGUGGCCUGUCUGUCGUGGCUACAGACCGAGUCAGCCCUGCGGAUAAGGGCAAGCUCUGGGGCCCAAGGGCACAUGAGGUCAUUUUCGUCCAAGCAGAUCUCUGCGAUGCGGCUGCUAUGAAGCAACUUGCUGCAAAAGUCACUUCGGUCGUCCAUGUUGGUGCGAUUCCGGGGCCUUCCGAACACCCGCCGCCGCCAGUCGAUCCUGUGAAGAAUCCGCCCAUAGGACUUGAGAAGGUGACUGGUGUUGAACUGCUGCGACAAAACCUACUUGGAACCUGCAUGCUGUUCGAGGCCAUCGCCGCCUUACCUGCAAGCCGAAGGGUGGUGUUCUCUUCUUCCUUGUUUGCUAUGGGUUGGUCUCACGAACCUGCUGCUUUCAUGCCUGAGUUCCUGCCAUUGGACGAAUCGCACAUGCCAGAGCCUCUUGAGCAUUAUGGCUUGAGCAAGUGCUUCUGCGAAGACUUUGCAGCGAUGCUCCUCCGCGCUGCCCGAACUCCGAGUGUCGAAGAUGGCAAAGCCGAAAACGGCCCGCCGUGCAAGAGGCAGAGGCAAAAUAGCCUCUCUUUCGUGUCCCUACGUUUUUCCAACAUCAUCAAGGCCGAAAAGUGGGCUGACUUGCCUCUGAAGUUACCGCAGCAUGCGGUGACACCUCUGAUGUGGGCUUACUGUCACGAGCACGAUGUCGUAGAAGCGCAUAUCAAAGCUUUGCUGCUGCCUUCGAGUGAAUUGCCAUCCAAGCACCCGGGCCGCAAAGUUCCAGCACAGACGACCGACGCAAGACCGGCGACCUGUGAGAAGUGUGAGACGUUUCUUAUUGUGGCCCCGGACACUCGCUAUGAUGUGCCUACCGUGGAGUUGAUCAAGCACCAUUUCAACAAGACUGGUAGUAUGCUGCCCGGUCAGUCAAGCCUCUCCGGUUUCGCAUCGAUCGUCAGCAACAGGAAAGCAGAAAAGCUGCUGGGCUUGACUUUCAGAUCCUUUCGAUCACCGGGACUCGAACAUGCUCUGGCAGAUGAAGCGAGAAGUUUUCAAGCACCGGCAUCUUUUCGUCUUCGAACGGGCGAAGCUGCGUCCGGACUGCGGCUUGUGUACAAGAUGUACGGACAGCUGAACGCAGAGAAAUCCAAUUGCAUCCUCCAUCCCACCUCGUUCGAUGCCACACACCCGGAGCUGGAGUUCAACAUUGGACCCGGGAAGACGUUGGACACAAGUAAGUUUUGUGUUAUCAUCGUCAAUCUUCUUGGCAAUGGCCUUUCCACUUCACCUUGUUCCCAUUUAGGUAAGGAUCACGAGCAGUUCCCGCAGGGCGGAACAACAAUGUGCGACAAUGUCCGUCUGCAGGCACUUCUACUCGAUUCACUUGGUGUGACGAGCCUGGCUCUCGUAUAUGGCUACUCUAUGGGAGCAAUGCAAGCCCUACACUGGGCAGCAAUGUUCCCGAAUCGAGUCAAACGAGUGGCGGCAGUUUGUGGCUCCGCUCAGCCAAGUGACUUCAACAUAACUUUCCUUGAUAGUUUGGAAGCAGCCUUACUAGCAGACAGCGACUGCAAGGUCGAUGGUCGCCUGGGGAUGAGAUUGCAUGGUUCGUGCCAGCGUGGUCUCAAAGCAUUUGCACGUAUUUAUGCCGGCUGGGGCGUGUCGCGGGAGUUUUACAAACAGGAAAUAUGGCGGAAGACAUCGAGGGAUGGGCAGCCUUUUUCCAGCCGAGAGGAUUUUGUGCGUCGUUCAUAUGAAGGAGGAUUUGUUAAUGCCAGCCCAUUGAACCUCCUUGCACAAAUACGGACAUGGAGGUGUGGUAAUGUAUGCGAAGCUUAUGGAAUGCCACGCGGAAUUUCGCUGAAAGAAGCUUUGGGACGCAUCACAGCAAGGGUCGUGCUGAUGCCAUGCAGCACCGAUGCAUAUUUCAGUGCAGCGGAUAUUGAGCUGGAGGCCCAGAUGAUAUCUAAAUGUAGCUUUAUGCCGAUCAACUCUCUGUGGGGUCAUCGCGCUGGUGAUCCCCAUCGCCCCGGACAGCAGGUGGACGCGGAUUUUAUCCGUCAUCGAGUCUGGGCGCUGCUCGACGAGGUUGGCAACAUCGGAGACAGUCGAGUCUUGUUGGGAAGAGCAGAUGGUUCCAUGGUGGAAGGUCCUGGCACUGACGGUGGACUCACCACGGAUCACAAGCCCGACAACAAGGUGGAAGAGGAGAGGAUAGCCCGAACCGGCGGAACAGUUCAGACCAUAAUGGGUGUCGCCCGCGUAAAUGGCGAUCUGGCAGUGAGCCGAGCCUUUGGCGAUGCACAGCACAAGCAGACAGGUGGCCCGGCGCAGGAGGACCAUCCCGUCUCCGCUGAGCCUGAAUUCACGACGCUGACUUGCGCCCCUUCUGACUUUUUGCUACUCGUAUGCGAUGGCAUCUCCGAGGGCAACUUUCCAAAUAGAGAGGUUGUUCGGCUAGCAGCGGAAGAGCUGCGGUCCAAAGAUCCAGCGCAGGCAGCGGCGGCUGUGUGCCGCAAAGCUCUCGACUCUGGUUCGAUGGACAACCUCUCCUGCAUGAUUGUUCUGCUGCGACGAGGAGAACAGGCAGCAAAGGAUGCAAAAAAGGUGGAGCAGAGAUACACCAUGGCCUCGCGGCAAGCGAGGGAAAUGAGCCUGAGUGCCAACAAGAACCGAGAGGACAAUGGCAUGCGCUGUUCAGCCUGCACCGCAAACAAGUCUUCCUACAGCCAGGUUCAGGACGCAGCAGGCGAGAAGGACAAAGAAUCCGAGAACGUCAUUGGCUACGAUGCUCUGGACCACGCGGACCCUGCCAUGGCAGAACUACGAGCUGAGCUGAUGCAGUUUGACUCUGGCCCCCCUGACACACUUGCUGAAGGCAGUGUGGAGCGAAUCCAAUGGUUCAAAGAGCGCGGGUCCUGGGUGCAGCAGGUUCAACCAGACGGCAUGGCUUUGUGCCUCCAACCUCAGAGAGAUCUUAAGUCCUCCAUCACGACUGGGAGCAACCUACGAGGAAACCACGAAGAGGCCAGUAAGCCUUCUCGCGAUUCCCACAAAGAGCAGGGACAGUGGUUGUCUGGAGCUGAGAACCAGCUCGUGGAUGGGAUAAAGGAAGUUCUCAACAAGAUCACCACCACGGACUAUGCGACGUUCCAGGUGCUCACCGGCAAGCUUGAGAAUUUGGCGAGUGAUGCGCGUGCGCUUUGGCCCGCCGCCUCAUGA